ACUAUAAUAUAUAUGUGAAAGGUUCUGGUCUAGUCUCAGAUCUGCACACUGCCAUAACAUAGUGAAGUGAGUGAUAUGGGAUGAAACAUAAACUCAUUGAAAAGCAGGCAUUAGCCCAGACUAUUCAACAUUAUAUCAGAAGAUAAGAGAAACUGCUGAAACAGGUGUAGAAUUCUUCAAGGGUAAAUUUGAGGAGUAUCUCUGCCACAUCAACCAGGCUGUGAUGGAUAUUUAGGCCAGUAGGCCACUGGCCUGGAGCUCAGCCCAGUGCUGGGCUCUAAGAGUAGAAAAACACUUGAAACCCAUCCACAGGUAUAUUGCUCUUCUAGCCACUCUAUCAAAUGCUACAAAUAGUUUCUAGCCCUUAUUUAAGUAUGGUUCCCCUGAAUGCUUCAAUGUAAACAGUUGGUCUACACAUCCCCAAACUUUUGUAAAUCAUCUUUGUUCCUCUGCAAUCCUACGUUCUUUCUUAUCCCUAACUUUUUCAAUGAUAAUUUUACAGUACCCUUUACUCAGAAUAUUCAACAGAUUUAUCUCCCUCCUCUACACAUGUUUGCAAGCUAUUCCCUUAUACAAAGUAAUUAUGCAUGCCCUUCCAAUAUUUAGGUAUGUUUGUAAAAUGUAUGCUUUAAAUUUUGCCAGAUUUUUUUUACAGUUAUGUACAUUCUGAAAAUAAACUUUGUGUGCACUGUACACUUAAAGUAUUAGCACAGUUCUUUACACUGAAUUGUGGCUAAAAUUGCCAUAUAAUUAUGAUGCAAAAGGAAAGACAAGCUGAAAAUCCUUUCUUAAUAUUCUUUUUUAUUUCUUUUUAAAAGCUGUCAUAACUGGGAAGAGGGAUAAUGGCAGGUGACAGCAGUGUUGUGUGUGGGUAACUGGUGAGCUGCUCCCACCAGUGGCGGUCUACCAGAGGAGACUUCUGUGUGUCACCCUUUAUCUUGGAAUGUCAGCUUGGGUCAUCUGGCAGCCAAAGAAAUAGUGUUGAAGGAGACGAACUUCACAUGAGUUCUGGGACGUCACUUUUUAUCUACAUACCUGAUAAGUGUAGCCAACCCCAGGCAACUACCUCUCAUCUUUGCAGUGGUGAAAGACCUGUGUUCCUAUCAUCUUGACGGAUUUUUCAAGGCUGGAGACUGUGACGAACUAGUCGUUGGGUUGUCACUCAACAGCUGUGACCCCCCCCACAUCAUCAGCAAUGGCUACAAUUUCUACAAUACGCGGCGUCAACAACAUCAACCAGACACCCCAGUCUAAUUGUACAUAUUAGCGUUGAAUUCAGAUAUUUUUAUUUUUUGUUUUUAAUUUUUCUUUCAAGUAGGAUAAAAGUUCAUAUUUAAAUAUUUUAUAUUUUCAGUUCUAACAAUAAAAUGUUUAUCUUUGUAUGUUAUUAUUCUAUUCAUUAAUUUUCCUAAGGAGGAGCCAGCCAUGGUAAGACCUACUUAAGAUCUUACAGGGUUGAGUAAGCCUUCACAAGUGGCGACCUUGCCAGGAUUACUCGACUGAAUCAAGGUUCAACUACAUCUCGAAUCUACCAUUGGACCUUCAAGGCUGCAUGCCACAUACGGUUACCACCAGCCCUGAGUAAUCAUUCUCUAUGGUAGGACUACAGUACAGGUAUUUAAAAGAUUUGGUGAUUGUUGUAGUCUCAAUUUAUUGUAAGUCAAGUCAAGGCAGGAUAUACUAGUUAAUUCUGUCGUCUUUGUUUAUGUGAGCUUGAAACGAUUUGGAGGAAUAGACUCUAGGGACCCAAGAUUUUCCAGUGACAAGUUGUUUCAUUGAGCUCUAUUUAUUAUAUCAAGGGUACUGCUGUAGGAGACACUUGAUUUGUUAGUGAGAAGAUUGGAUGGUCAAGGGAUCCCAUUCUACUUACUGUUUGGUCGGAGCCAGCAUAGAACCCUUCGUUGUCAUUCACACAUACUGUUUAAUCGAAGCAGGGAUCCAACCCUCCGAUUUAUUUACAGUUUGAGUGGAGCAGGAAUUGAACCCUCUUUUUUUUUUAUGUAUCCAUUUCAUUUUCCUCUGGUAGUUUAAGUUAUUCUUGCAAGUAUGGAGGAAUACCAGUUUUGGAUGAACACUGGGAGUAAGUUAGGAAUAAUGGGGAAAAAUUUAGAAGCUUUCAUUAGCUCCAAGAUCCAGGAAAGAGAAAGAAAGGAGAAAGAGAACCUUGAGAGAGAGGAGAAAAAGGAGAGAGAGAGAACCGAGAGAGAGGAGAGAAAGGAGAUAGAGGGGGAGAAUUGAGAGAGAGAAGAAAAAGGAGAGAGAGAGAAUUGAAAGAGAAAAUCAAGAAAGACAGAGAAAGAGAGGAGAAAAAGGAGCGUGAUAGACUUGAUCGUGAGGGGAGAGCUAAAGUGCGUGAGGAACAAGCUAAAAUACGUGAGGAACAAGUUAAAUUAAGAGAACUUGAGGAAAGAGCAAAAUAUAGAGAACUUGAGGAAAAAGCUCGAGAACGUGAGGAGAAAGGUAGAGAGAUUGAGUUGUGGGAGAGACAGAAAGAUCGCGAGGUAGAGAAAGCACGCCUUGAAUUAGAAAAUAAAAAGUUAACUUUUACACAACAGCAAUUAGAGGAAGGAGUAAUUGAACAUCAUGCAGCUAGUGCACAUAUUCCAGCACCUAAUUUACCUCCCUUCACAGAGGGGGAAGACAUAACUUCAUACAUUAUCAGGUUUGAAAAUACUGCUACCCUCUGUGAAUGGCCAGCUGACACCUGGGCUACCAGGUUAGGUAUGUUAUUUUCCGGUACAGCUUUGAAUAUCUAUGCAACUUUGUCGCAGGAUAUCAUAUGUAAUUAUAACUUGCUUAGGAAGGCAAUCCUUAAAGCAUACCAAAAGACCACAAAUUCUUAUAGGAAAGACUUCAGGUAUGCCACCGUAGAGCAUAGCCAAAACUUUCAACAGUUACAGGUAACACUCUUUCGUUUGUUCGACUUUUGGAUAGAGAGUUCAGGAAUUGAUCACACUUAUGAAUCUCUUAGAGACUUCAUGGUUGCUGACCAGUUCCUGACAGCUCUUCCCCACCAAAUACAAACAUUCAUUAGAAAAUGUAACCUGAUUAAAGCUGAGGAAGUUGCUGAGGCUGCUGACUUGAAUGCUGAGGCUCACAAUUCCUAUAAAGACCUAAAGGGAUCGAUCCCUAAGGAGAAUGGUUCACCUGAACCAAAGGUUAAGAAGCCUACAGUAGGAAAAAAGUCACCAGCUAUUAUACCAACAUGCCACCGGUGUGGUGGUAUCGGACGUAAACGUCCAGAUUGCCCUUCCAAGAAAAUAGAGAAAGUUGGCAGAUGUUUUGUUGACGGUAAUGACCAGGCACCCUUCUGUUCAGGAACGGUUAAUGGUAUAAAAGUUUCAGACAUAUUACGUGACACUGGAUGUACGCGCAUCAUAAUUUUGGACAAACUGUUCUCUAACUUUAAAACCUUUCGUGUGUCCUCUAUUCUUUCAGACUACUUGGGUCGUGAAAAUACUUUCCCUACAAUACGUUGUUACUUGAAAACUAAAUGGUUCACAGGUUGGACUAAUGCGGUACUAGCCCCAAUUACUUGUUCUGUAAUAGUGGGUAAUGUUAAAGGUGCCAUUCUUCCUUUGGAGGCGGAUCUUUCGUCAUCACCCGUGGACCUAAGUUUUCCAGCUCCUCGUCCUUGCAAGUUAAAUAAGCCCCUUAACCCUUUGAGGGUUUUGGUCGUACUAGUACGUCUUACGCGUAGGGGUUUUUGACGUACUAGUACGCAUAAAUUCUAGCGGCCUCAAAUCUAGUGGGAGAAAGCUGGUAGGCCUUCAUAUGAAAGAAUGGGUCUAUGUGGUCAGUGUGCACAGUCUAAAAAAAAUCCUGCAGCACACAGUGCAUAAUGAGAAAAAAAAAACUUUGACCAUUUUUUUGGAAUAAAUCAGCGACUUUGCAGUGUAUUUUCGUAUGGUAUUUAUUGUUGUAUUCUAGUUUUCUUGGUCUCAUUUUAUAGAAUGGAAGACAUAUUACAGAAAUUGAGAUGAUUUUGACUGGUUUUACAAUGAAAGGUGCCUUGAAAUUGAGCUCAAAGUAGCAGAAAUGUUUGAUUUUUACCAAACUUCAAAAGUAAACAAAUCGUGCCAAGCGUGCAAUACAUGUCAACUGGUGAGUCUAAUAUUCUUUCACAAGUGCACCAAUAAUAUUUAUACCAUUUUUUACACUAAUGCAGUAGUCUGCAUAACAGUAAAUCUUAUAUUUUUUGUGAGAAUAAAAAUUCAAAGUGGAAAGCAAAAGAAUAUAAGAGGGGCCUUGAGACGUGACUAAUGACUAGAGGAAAUGUCAUUUUAGUGCCAAGAAUGUCUUUCUUGUUUAUUCUGGACCCUAUUCGGAAAUUGGCAUCUUUUGAAAUUUGUGUGAAAUUGGCAAAAUUGCUAAAUUCUGACCACUGUACUGGAUAGUUGAAUUUCAUAAAUGGGUGGUUUCUUGCACCCAUUCGAUAGAAAAAAUGGAGUUCUAGCGAAAUAUUCAUGUUUUUUGUCGACUAGUACAGUGAAAUUGGCCGAAAAUGGGGCUCAAAGUGGGCAAAAUCGCCGAUGCGUGAACAUCGCCGAGACCGCUAACUUUGCAAGAGCAUAAUUCCGUAAGUUUUCUAUCAAAUUUCAAACUUUUGGUGUCUUUAUGAUCGGGAAAAGAUUCUCUAUCUUUUCAUAAGAGAAAAUAAUUUUUUUUUUUUUUUAAAUUUGGCCGACCCUGAGAACGAGUUUCGGAGAGGGCCUGUUGACCCUCAAAGGAUUAACAAUUCCAUACCGGAAGCUGCAUUGUCUCAUACGGUUCAUUUGGGGGUAGAAACAGAUGAUACUGCUCUCGAUAGUGAGGUAGCAGGAUCACCUGUUCACUCAUCAGGCAAAAGUAAGGGUAUGGCCUCCGGCACUCUCAAGUGUCUUGACUUGGGCUCAGACCAUAUCCCCGGCUUCUCCUACCUCCUCUUCUCCCACCGUAAGUCAUUUCAUUUUCCCAGAUUUUAUGUCCAAGGAUGACUUUGUCAAUUUACAGCGGGAUUACCCUUCACUUUGGGAGUGUCAUAAUCAAGCUUUUAACAACAAAGUUAUCCAUGGGAGAUACGUAUCACAUAAAUUUGAUUAUAUUAAUGGUAUCUUAUAUAAAUCUGUAUUUAAAUCUCAUUCUUCAGCGAUAGAUUAUUCCCUCCUUGUUGUUCUUAAACCAUGCCGAGAGACUGUUCUUCAAAUGGCUCAUGAUUUGCCAGUGACCGAACACUUGGCCCAUCGUAAGAUGUGGCAUAAACUCGAGCACACUUAUUUUUGGCCAAGCAUGUACUCUCAGGUUACAAAGAAGUAUAGUUCUUGCAGUAGGUGUCAGGUGCUUACUGCACAAAAUACACACACUCCUAGUUCCUGUAUAUUUAAUAAAUCUAAAACUUCUUGCAGAAACGAGAUACUCCACCAUAGAAAAAGAAUGACCCUUGUGUGAGGUAUCUCCAAACUUAAAUUUUAUUUACUGGGAAAAGAAUUCAUUUUAGAGACGGAUCACAAACCUUUGAUAUACUGUACCUAGAAACUUUUAAGGGAACCAACAGUCGCCUCUUGAGGUGGACAUUGACACUCCAAGCUUUUAAGUUUCAUAUUGUGUAUAUCAAUGGUUCAUCCAAUUAUUUCUCUGACUGGUUAAGUCGUGACAGUCAGUAGAAGAUUUGGUGCCUUACGCGACUUCCACGUGUUAGAACUUUUUCCUCGCCUGUUCUUCUUAUACUCCUCGACUAUAAGUCUUGGUAUGGGGGAGUGUGAGGAAAAAGUUCAACAGAUAGGAGUAGCGAGCAAGUAUAUGGUGACGAUAGUUUGAUUGCCCGUUCGCUUGUUAAGUUAGGGUCAGUCUAGCUCCCACUAUCCCCCCCCCCUUUUUUCUCCACCCGGAAAGGUGACGUGUGGGGCUUCGACCAAAUGGUAAUCACUUGACUCACAGCUCCCAGCACAACUGUAAGUAAAAGCCUCUGCUCCUGUUUUUAAUGGAUAUAGUGGUUAAAAGCUUCACUUUUAACCAAUUCUAAGACAUAGGUCAUGCUGCCUUAAUUUCCAGGUUUUGCAUUUCAAUCUUCGCCAGUCUUUUAAAUGCUUUACUUAUCAUGGAGAGUGAUUUCUUAAGCAGUGUGUAACUUUUGUCUCUUUCUAGCUUGGAAUGUCAGCUUGGGUCAUCUGGCAAUCAAAGAAAUAGUGUUGAAGGAGACAAACUUCACAUGAGUUCUGGAAUGUCACUUUUUAUCUACAUACCUGAUAAGUGUAGCCAACCCCAGGCAACUACCUCUCAUCUUUGCAGUGGUGAAAGACCUGUGUUCCUAUCAUCUUGACGGAUUAUUCAAGGCUGGAGACUGUGACGAACUAGUCGUUGGGUUGUCACUCAACAGCUGUGACCCCCCCCACAUCAUCAGCAAUGGCUACAAUUUCUACAAUGCGCAGUGUCAACAACA